AAAAAAAAAGUGAACUCAACAAAAAAAAAGUAACUGUCCUUAAUUCAUUCCGUUAAAGCUGUUUUGUUUCACUCUCCAACACCAACCAUUCCUUCACUUGACGCCAUGAUCAUUCAAACACUUCAUUCCAGCCCAACCUUCCAUGGCUUUUCUACCUUCCACUCACACAUUUCUUGCUCUUCAUCAUCAUCCUCACCAUUCCUUGCUAAACGCUUUCUCUCCUUGGUUCCAUUCCCUUCAAGAAAUCCUCUUCUCAAGUUCAAUUCCACUUCAAACGACAGCACUCCGGACCAAUGCAGGAUUAUCUCCUUGAUGCUCCAGAAUCUAUUGGAGAUGGCUUCUCUUUUAGUGGAGGAAAAUAUUCAGAUGAGCCAAGUCCAAGUGAUGAGUGAUUUAAACAAGGAAAAAUGGUAACUAAUAUUUGUUUUU